AUGUCGAUCCAGGAGAACAUAUCAUCCCUGCAGCUUUGGUCAUGGGUCUCUAAGUCCCAGAGAGACUUAGCAAAGUCCAUUCUGAUUGGGGCUCCAGGAGUGGAAUCUCUGGUUCUAGGGCCGGCAUCUCGCUCCGUGGAGCGCCUCAAGGAGAUGAUCAAGGCCGGGAUGAACAUUGCGCGACUCAACUUCUCCCACGGCUCCCACGAGUACCACGCUGAGUCCAUCGCCAACAUCCGGGAGGCGGUGGAGAGCUUUGCAGCUUCCCCGCUCAGCUACCGGCCCGUGGCCAUCGCCCUGGAUACCAAGGGACCGGAGAUCCGCACUGGGAUCCCGCAGGGGGGUCCGGAGUCGGAGGUGGAGCUGGUGAAGGGCUCCCAGGUGCUGGUGACUGUGGACCCCGCGUUCCGGACCCAGGGAAACGCGAACACCGUGUGGGUGGACUACCCCAAUAUUGUCCGGGUCGUGCCCGUGGGGGGCCGCAUCUAUCUUGACGACGGGCUCAUCUCCCUAGUGGUCCAGAAAAUCGGCCCAGAAGGGCUGGUGACCCAAGUGGAGAACGGCGGCGUCCUGGGCAGCCGGAAGGGCGUGAACCUGCCGGGGGCCCAGGUGGACUUGCCCGGGCUGUCGGAGCAGGACUUCCGAGACCUGCGCUUCGGGGUGGAGCAUGGCGUGGACAUUGUCUUUGCCUCCUUUGUGCGGAAAGCCAGCGACGUGGCUGCGGUCAGAGCUGCUCUGGGGCCGGAAGGACAGGGCAUCAAGAUCGUCAGCAAAAUUGAGAACCACGAAGGCGUGAAGAGGUUUGAUGAAAUCCUGGAGGUGAGCGACGGCAUCAUGGUGGCACGGGGGGACCUGGGCAUCGAGAUCCCAGCAGAGAAGGUUUUCCUCGCUCAGAAGAUGAUGAUUGGGCGCUGCAACCUGGUGGGCAAGCCUGUUGUCUGCGCCACACAGAUGCUGGAGAGCAUGAUCAACAAGCCUCGACCAACGAGGGCAGAAACAAGCGAUGUGGCCAACGCUGUGCUGGACGGGGCUGACUGUAUUAUGCUGUCAGGGGAGACGGCCAAGGGCAACUUCCCUGUGGAAGCCGUGAAGAUGCAGCAUGCGAUUGCCCGGGAGGCAGAGGCUGCAGUGUACCACCGGCAGCUGUUUGAGGAGCUACGUCGGGCAGCACCACUGAGCCGUGACCCCACUGAGGUCACCGCCAUUGGCGCCGUGGAGGCUGCCUUCAAGUGCUGCGCUGCUGCCAUCAUCGUGUUGACCACAACUGGCCGCUCAGCCCAGCUUCUGUCUCAGUACCGACCUCGGGCAGCAGUCAUUGCUGUCACCCGCUCUGCCCAGGCUGCCCGCCAGGUCCACUUAUGCCGAGGAGUCUUCCCCUUGCUUUACCGUGAACCUCCAGAAGCCGUCUGGGCAGAUGACGUAGAUCGCCGGGUACAAUUUGGCAUUGAAAGUGGAAAACUCCGUGGCUUCCUCCGUGUUGGGGACCUGGUGAUUGUGGUGACAGGCUGGCGACCUGGCUCCGGCUACACCAACAUCAUGCGGGUGCUGAGCAUAUCCUGAGAUGCCCCUUCCUCCUCUGCCCCAUUCCUCCCUCCCCAGUCUACGUCCUCCAGCCCACACCCCUCCAAAGUCCCACCUCUAAGUCCUCUCUUCUCUAUUCCUGGUUCUCCCUACCUCGGGCCUGAGACCAUAUCUGCCAUCUAGUCCCAUUCCAAGCUGCCCCUUCCCCGUCUCCAUUUCACACAGGUCCUGAAAGUCUGUGUCCAAUCAUGCACUGGCCACCCAAUAGCACCAACUGUACAUUCCCUGCAUCCGAUCCACUCAGCAGGCCCUAAGAUACCUUGAGCCUUUAAUCCCAGUUUGGCUGGUUAAUUCCAUAACCCCAGCCUUCCUAUCCCUCGGGGUUGGGGAGGCGGAGGGCAGGACAAUCUUGUCCAGUCUCCCGUUCUCAUAUGUGGCCCUUAUGAUAAUCUGGGCAUAUCUGACGCCAGGGCAGGCUACCCCUUUCACGGUGACUGACAGUGACAUGAAAGCCUACACUUUUGGGAAAACUGGGUGGGAUAGAUGCUGGGGAGAAGCGAGGGCUGGGUAGCUGAUUUUGUCACUGUCUUCACAGCCUCUGUGCUGGACUUGUAGACCACUGUCUUGGUUGCUCUCAUGCCUGCCUGAUACCCUGCUUGGCCAAAUGCCCGGCUGCUUCCUCCUGCACCCAAAAAUUAGCUUCCCAUUCACUUUGUUCCCACACACAAACUAAGAGCCAAAAAUGAGUGUCUCUAUUUUAUAUUUAAAUCCAGCUGUUUGGAAGCAAUUAUAAAACUUCUCCCACACACCAAGAACCCCAGAACUCCCCACCCAGAAGGAAAGGAGACAGGGUCUUGGCCCCACAGUCUUUAAUGCUGUAGAGCGGAGAGGGGACAGACAGUGUGAGUGUGGUAAAGGACUACUUUUGUCCCUGAGAAGGCAGAGGUGCUGGCUGGCCUGCCCUUUCCCAGGCUUGAAUUCCUUGGGCCUUCCCUUUACUCCUGUACCAACAGCAAACUCAGAAGGAAAAAA